AUGGCCGCCCUGCAGAAAUCUGCGAGCUCUCCCCUUACGCAGGCUCUGGCUGCCAGCUCCCUCCUUCUCCUUGCCCUGUGGGUGCAGGGAGGAGCGGCCGUGCCCAUCAGCUCUCACUGCAGGCUCGACAAGUCUGACUUCCAGCAGCCGUACAUUACCAACCGCACCUUCAUGCUGGCCAAGGAGGCUAGUUUGGCAGAUAACAACACAGAUGUUCGGCUCAUCGGGGAGAAACUGUUCCGCAGAGUCAAUAUGAGAGAGCGCUGCUCCCUGAUGAAGCAGGUGCUGAACUUCACCCUUGAAGAAGUGCUGCUCCCUCACUCCGAUCGCUUCCAGCCCUACAUGCAGGAGGUGGUGUCCUUUCUGGCCAGGCUCAGCAACAAGCUAAACCACUGUCAUGUUGAGAGCAAUGACCAGCACAUCCAGAGAAAUGUGCAACAGCUGAAGGACACAGUGAAAAAGCUUGGAGAGAGUGGAGAAAUCAAAGCAAUUGGGGAGCUGGAUUUGCUGUUUAUGGAGCUGAGAAAUGCCUGCAUUUGA